UCGGCGCUGGGCGGCCGCACGCGGGCCUUGCAGGCCUACCAGGAUGGAGGGGCAUGCUGAAAUGGAGAUGCUGAGGACACUGAAGGGACCUUCCACAGGGGAGGUCAGCGUGCACCUGGUGGCCAGAGAUAACCCAGGCUCCGGCUCUCACCUGCCCGCUGCUGCCUUUAUCAUUCCAGCCAGCUCGGCCGCCCUGGGUCUGCCCAGCAGUGCCCUGGAUGUGUCCUGCUUUCCGCGGGAGCCGAUCCACGUGGGCACCCCGGAGCGAGCGGCCGGCAGCGUACCUGUCACAGCCACGGUUCUCCCGCAGUUGAGCACGGGGCCAGCGGGCAGCCCCAGCGCUAGCACAGUGCGGCUCCUGGAGUGGACCGAAGCCGCGGCCCCGCCUUCGGGGAGUGGCCUGCGGUUCCGGAUAAGCGAGUACGCGCCGCCGAACAUGGUGGGAGCAGAGCAACCCCCAAGCCCAGAGCUGCGGCGGGAAGGCGUGGCCGAGUACGAAGAUGGCGAGGCCCCGGCGAGGGGUGGCGGCGCGGACCCGCAACAGCUGGCGGGCCUCCCCCAGGACCCUCCAGAAGGUCCGCCUCAAGACCCACCAGAGGAUGAUGGCACCUGCCCGUGCCAGGCUUGUGGGCCUCAGCAAGGCGCUGGUCCAGAUCCUAGUUCCUGCAAUGAUGGCUGCCCUCAGCGCUUCCAGGAGCGGUCAGUCAUAGUGGAGAACUCCUCAGGCCAGAACAACUGCACCAGCGCUUCUGAGCUCCUCAAACCCGUGAAGAAGAGGAAGCGCAGGGAAUAUCAGAGCCCAUCUGAGGAGGAGUCUGAGCCAGAGGCCAUGGAGAAGCAAGAAGGAGGAAAGGAUCCAGAGGGACAAGCUACCACUAACACCCCAGAAAGUGAGGAAUGGAACAGCAGCCAGCCUGCCUCAGAGGAGAAGAAACCAGGCUGGUCGUGGGAAUCCUACCUUGAGGAGCAGAAGGCCAUCGCUGCCCCUAUCAGCCUCUUCCAGGACUACCAGAUGGUCACGCAUAACAAGAAUGGCUUCAGACCGGGCAUGAAGUUGGAAGGCAUCGACCCUCAGCACCCGAGCAUGUACUUCAUCCUCACCGUGGCCGAGGUGUGUGGCUCCCGCCUGCGUCUGCACUUUGAUGGGUAUUCCGAGUGCCAUGACUUCUGGGUCAAUGCCAAUUCCCCUGACAUUCAUCCGGCUGGCUGGUUCGAGAAGACGGGGCACAAGCUGCAGCCCCCCAAAGGUUACAAGGAGGAGGAGUUCAGCUGGAGCCAGUACCUGCGCAGCACAAGAGCCCAGGCUGCCCCCAAACACCUGUUUGUGAGCCAGAGCCACAGUCCCCCACCCCUGGGCUUCCAGGUGGGCAUGAAGCUGGAGGCUGUGGACCGCAUGAACCCGUCCCUCGUCUGCGUGGCCAGUGUGACCGACGUGGUGGACGGCCGCUUCCUGGUUCACUUUGACAACUGGGAUGACACUUACGACUACUGGUGUGAUUCCAGCAGCCCCUACAUCCACCCGGUGGGCUGGUGCCAGAAGCAAGGAAAGCCCCUCACCCCUCCGCAAGACUACCCAGACCCUGACAGCUUCUGUUGGGAGAAAUAUCUGGAAGAAACCGGGGCCUCUGCUGUGCCCACCUGGGCCUUCAAGGUGCGACCCCCACACAGCUUCCUGGUCAACAUGAAGCUGGAGGCCGUGGACCGCAGGAACCCAGCCCUAAUUCGUGUGGCCAGUGUGGAGGAUGUGGAGGAUCAUCGGAUAAAGCUCCACUUUGAUGGCUGGAGUCACGCCUAUGACUUCUGGAUUGAUGCUGACCACCCUGACAUCCACCCGGCGGGCUGGUGCUCCAAGACGGGGCAUCCCCUGCAGCCUCCUCUCCAACCCAGAGAGCCCAGCGCUGCCUCCCCCACAGGCUGUCCGCCUCUCAGCUAUCGGAGCCUGCCACACAGCAGGACCUCCAAGUACAGCUUUCACCACCGGAAGUGCCCCACUCCUGGUUGUGAUGGCUCUGGCCACGUCACUGGCAAGUUCACAGCUCACCACUGCCUCUCGGGUUGCCCCCUGGCCGAGAGGAACCAGAGCCGGCUGAAGGCAGAGCUGUCGGACACGGAGGCCUCAGCCCGCAAGAGGAGCCUCUCAGGCUUCUCCCUAAGAAAGAAGCCUCGCCAUCACGGCCGGUGCGGAGGACAAGGGUGCGGGGCCUCAAGUCCUCCGAGGCCAGAGCAGGCGCUUAGUCCCUGCCACGGGCCCAGCUCCUCUCUCUCCAGGAUCGGGCGCCCUCCAAAGUACCGAAAGAUCCCACAGGAAGAUUUUCCGACGCUGACCACCGACGUCACGCAGCAGUCCCUCUUCAUGUCGGCCCUGUCGGCCCACCCCGACCGGUCGCUGUCUGUGUGCUGGGAGCAGCACUGCAAGCUCCUGCCUGGCGUGGCGGGCAUCUCGGCCUCGACAGUUGCCAAGUGGACCAUUGAUGAGGUCUUCGGCUUCGUUCAGACCCUGACAGGGUGUGAGGACCAAGCGCGGCUCUUCAGGGAUGAGAUGAUUGACGGCGAGGCCUUCCUUUUGCUGACACAGGCGGACAUUGUGAAGAUCAUGAGCGUCAAGCUGGGCCCAGCCUUGAAGAUCUAUAACGCCAUUCUCAUGUUCAAAAACGCCGAUGACACCUUAAAGUGACUGGCUCAGGGCUGGGCCCUCCCUCCGCAGCUGAUGCUUCUUCCCCACUUGAGUUCCUCCCAUCCCACCUGUGCCCCGCCCCCGCUCCCCCCACCCUCUGGCCCUUAACCAGGGUGGUCCUGCUCUCCGGGGCCACUUCCUGCAAGGUACAGGGGAGCAGAGGAGCCCUGGGGAGGAUGGAGUCCUAGCCCCCCGAGUCCUGGAGCUCAUCCACCACCAGGCACACCAGUGAAGGUGCGAGCGGGCCUCGAGAGCGUCACUGAUGGCGAAGGUUGAAGGUGCCCCACCCACGACGGCCCCACCUCUCCAGCGACCUGUUUCAUCACCAAAGGGUCUUUCUCUCAGCAGUUAAAAGAGAGUAUGGUAGAACGGGAGUCCUUCAACCUGAAGCCCUUCUUUCUUAGGCAUCUCUCUGUGCUUUCCCCCCAUCUCCUUUCCUCCUUCCAGGAAGCCACCCUGCCACAAACACCUUUAUUCAAAAAAGCACCUCCCCUGUUUCUGUCUGCCGGUUUUGUUGCCCUCAUUCUGCUGUCUGGUUUUCCCAGACAUUCCCAGAGGUAUGUCUUCAUAGCAUCCAUUGAGGGCUGUGGAUGCCUUUCUGUCUCUUGCCUGGAAGUGGGGAAUUCUGAGCCAGGAUGCCUUCUUCAGCGUGCCCAGCUCUGGACCGCUCGGUAUUUAGUAUCGCCCAUGCCCUGUCUUGUUCCCAGAAGAGGGGUGAUUAGAACAUGUUUGGCUUCUGCAGCAGAGGCUAAGUUUCCCCAGAUGUUCCCACACACCCCUCCUGUGUCAACUGUGGAGAGGAGGCAGGCUGGCCGGCUAGGUAGCCAAGGCCAACCCCCUGGGUACAUCAGAUAAUUCCGGGCCAUGGGCCUGCAGGGUGGUCGGCAGACAUGGUGGCUCUCAAAGCAGAGCAGAGCAUCCUUCCCUGCUGCCAUGGGUCUCAGCCAGCAUGUUUCCCAGGAGGUAAGGGCCCCAUGCCUGCCAGGCCUUUUGCCAUGGGAAUGCCUGCCUGGGAUGCACUCUGCCUGGCAUGCACCUCCCCGCCAUGGCGUCACAUUCAACCUGUCUCUUAGAUGUCUUGGUUUUGGGAAGUCUUACAAAGGCUCUUAAAAGGUGGGAGUUGGGAAGAAGAUGAAUUCCUCCAGCUUUGAGUUCUCCAUGUCCCUUAAGCUUCUCUUACCACCCUCCAUCUGUCUUGCAUUGCCAGCCGGGUACCUGCCGCGGCUCUGGGAUUUUGACCUUUCUGUCCAAGUGUGGCCUCCACUGAGCCACUGCCAAACCUGCCUCCCAGCCUACAGGGGCAUGGGGCAGAGGCCCUGGUAGGACCCGGCUGCACCCACGGAGGUGAGGUGCCACCGCCAAGCUCCUGUGGAGCCAGGGGCCUCCCCCGGACCCCUUGUCUCCGCUACGUGAUACAUAAGUGCAGAUGUGUGUCGGGUACUCUGAGAUGUGCUUGUCAGGGUGCAGAGGUGAGUUUCGGUGUGGGAAAAUGUCAAGGGCUAUUGUGAAAAUAUGAAGCUUUAUCUUUGGGAAACCCAAAGCUCUGUUGAGUUCCUGCCCCGGCCCAGGAGAGGACCAGGGCAGCCGUUCAGCCCUCUGCUGCACUGCCGCAGGGCUGCGGACAGACCUCAGAGACACCACCUUCCCGGGAAGGCUUGGCCCGGCCCUGCCCUGGGCAGGGGUCUGGGUUUACCGAGGUUGCAUGGGCGUCCCCUUGCCCAGGAGGAAGGAGGAGCCCGUCUGAGCCUCUGUCCUUGUUGCUCGGGUGGCACUGAAACCCACCAGCCCCAUGGCCUCGUCUGCUCCCCGAUGAGACCGAGAGAUCUCGCUGGUUCUGGCGUGAGGAAACAGCAGGCACACACAGCCGUGCUGUGGGGCCUCUCCACGUCUAAGGAGCUGGGACGGCUGGGUCUGCCCUCCGCUGUCCUAACCCUUGUCUACAGGAAGGACAAGAUGGACCAAGCACCCCGGAACCUGGAGCCUCAGCACUGUCGUGCACCAAUGUCAAACUCUGAAAAGAAACCAAAUCAUAAAAAUAAAGGGGGGGAUGAGAAAUCUGCCUUCUGUCCACCCCACUGGCCCUUCACCCCCUCCCUUCCCCAGAUGAGAUCAUUACACCAUGACCUGGGCACACAGUGAGGGAUGAAGGGAGGGAGUUGUCAUCCUUGCCUUGUGCCCUCUGACCUGCUCUCCAGCAGCAAGAACCGCCUAUACUUUGGCCCUGGCAGCCUCUCCCAGCCCUUGCCCUGGGUUAGGGCAGCAAGACGCUUUCUGUUUAAUUUCUGAAGCAGAGAGAAUGAUCCUAGAGUUGGAAAAUGAAGCCUGUUUGCACUUUUCAUUCACACGCACUUUGGUGGAGUUAUGUUUUUUCGUACUUGCCUUGUGAGAGUGUGCCUGUGUGUGUAUGUGUGUGUGUGUUCAUGCAUGCACGCACGCGUGCGUGUUCUUUAAGAGAAUCUUCUGGUUAAAGAUAAAGUCACUCUUGAGAGAAAAAUUUACAAACAAAAUGUGGUGUAUUUUGUCAGUGUAUUGAAACAACAUAAAUAAACUUGAAGAACAGGA